AUGGACAUCCGCCGCGCGCCGCCGUCGCGCGCCGCGUCGGGCGGGGUGGAGCCGCGGUUCCGCCAGGUGGGCUUCGUCACGGCCGCCGAGCCCGCGCGGGGGCCCGUGGCGCCCGCGGCCGCGUCGCCGACCGCGUCCGACGGCCUCUCCCCCGUCAUGAUCCCGCCCCCGCUCAUCCCCGUCCCCGCCCCCGCCCCCGCGUCUGAGUCCCUCAUGCCUUCGUCCCCGCCCCCGGCCUCCUCGUAUCUCCUCGAGGUGAUCUCCGACCUUGACGACUACGCCGACGACGACGAUAUCGACGUGUCCUGGGCGCGCCCACCCCCUCCCGCAUUGCCAGAGCCAAACAAGAGAGAUCUUACUCAAACAAAGAAUGAACAUGGUCCAACUUCAGUUGCACAGAAACCAAAGCUUUCUAAAGCAGAGAGACGUGCCAUUCAGGAGUCUCAGCGUGCUGCCAAAGCUGCUGCCAAGGAGGCAGGUUUAAAACCAACAGCCAUGGCUUCUGAUGCUAGCACCAAAAUAUCAAAGCAACCCAAGACAGCAAAGACAUCUCUGAAGAAAGAUGUGAACCAAGUUAACCCUCCAGUUGCUUCUGAUAAGAAGACUGGUGAACGCCCACCUGACAAAGAUAGAAAAAAAGAUAUUCCUCAAUCCCGUAUGCAAUUUGAUGAUGCACAUCGGGUGGUGAAAGCAAAGAAGCGUUCAGUUGUUAGCCAAUCAGAAGCUCGAAACAGGGUCGAACUGUUCAGACAUCUGCCUCAAUAUGCACACGGCACUCAACUUCCUGACCUUGAGUCAAAAUUUCUUCAACCUGAUCUAAUGCAUCCUUCUGUGUACAAGGUUGGACUUCAGUAUCUGUCUGGUGACAUAUCGGGUGGCAAUGCUCGCUGUAUAGCAAUGCUUCUUGCAUUCAGAGAGGCAAUAAAUGAUUACUCCAUGCCUGCUGAAAAAAUUCUGAAUAGGGAUCUUACUGCUAAAAUCAGUAGCUACGUGUCAUUUCUCAUUGAGUGCAGGCCUCUUUCAAUCAGCAUGGGCAACUCUAUUAGAUUUUUGAAGAACAGGAUUACCAAGCUACCACUUGCAUUGUCAGAGUCAGAAGCUAAAGUUAGUCUUCAAUCUGACAUUGAUCGCUUUAUAAAUGAGAAGAUAAUAGUUGCAGAUAAGGUCAUUGUUAGUCAUGCUGUCACAAAAAUCAGAGAUGACGAUGUCCUAUUGACAUUUGGGUCAGCCUCUGUUGUUGAAAUGAUUUUUGACCAUGCUCAUGAACUUGGAAAGAAGUUUCGUGUUGUGGUGGUAGAUUCUCGUCCAAACCAUGAGGGACAAAGAUUGUUGCGCCGAUUAGUUGCAAAGGGUAUCAGUUGCACAUAUACACACAUAAAUGCUGUAUCAUACAUCAUGCAUGAGGUUACAAGAGUGUUUUUGGGCGCCUCUUCAGUACUAUCAAAUGGUACUGUCUACUCCAGAGUUGGGACAGCUUUGGUUGCUAUGGUUGCACAUGCUUUUGGAGUUCCUGUUCUAGUGUGCUGUGAGGCAUACAAGUUUCAUGAGAGGGUUCAACUCGAUUCUAUAUGCUUUAAUGAACUUGGUGACCCAGAUGCUAUUUCAAGAGUUCCUAGGGAUGAAAGUUUGAGCCAUCUCAAAAACUGGGCUGAGAACGAAAAUCUUCACCUUCUGAAUCUUAGGUAUGAUAUCACCCCUUCCGAUUAUGUUUCAAUGCUCAUAACAGAUUAUGGAAUGCUCCCACCUACUAGUGUACCAGUCAUUGUGAUUGGUUCCACUGAUAUGGAUCACUUAAUCAUUGUGGUCGGUUUCAAGUUCCUGCCAGCAAGGAUUGCUGUUUUGACUGUUCAUAGGACAGGCCAUGGAACACGAGCUCACAUGUGCACAUAUGCUAAAUCCAAGGCUGUAUAUCAACAAUUGAUGUUUUCAGUUUUUUACAGCCCAAGUGAAAAUAGCAUUUUUGGUAUCCGAAGAAUGGCUGAUUGGUAG